AUGUUGGAUCAGAGGUGGGAGCAAACCAAAUUGAGUGGUGAGGUGGGCAGACAAAUUAAGAGCUGGAGUCGGUUCAAGGGAAUCAGGUGUUGCCGCCGGGGAACGACGGCGGCGCCGCCGGCGGCCCUUCCUCCUGAUACUAAUUCUGGCUAUUUUAUUUCGACGGAGGAUCAACGGGAGCUUUAUGAAAGGCUUGGAUCCUUGUUAUUCAUUCUCGCCCAGCCGCCAACCAAUUUUGAUCUGAAGAUGAAGGAUGCCAUUUUUGACGUGAUACGUGAUGCCGGAGUCUUCAUUUGCUCACUGUACCAGACACACACGCAGGCACAGCUACAACAGGGGCUUCAGGAUUUGUUGAAAGCAAUCAGGCGGCUUAUAAUCCAGGCAGAGCAGCUCGGCGAUGAGAAAGGUGCACCAGAAGAACCAUUGUUCAACAACGUUCCAACCACUGCUCCCUUGUCUUUUGUUGAUUUUUUAGUGGAAAUGCUGACGGAUCUCACCAGUGGUGAAGCUGAAACGAAUUCAAGGGGACAUGCCCAAACUAUUAAAGAUGAACUUGUCUUCUUGAGAUCUUUCUUGGGAGACAUUGUGGAGUUGCGCCGUCAAAAUGAGCAACUCCAAGCCUUAUGGGAUCAUGUUUUGGAGCUGGUGUGGAGGAUAGAGCAUCUCUUCGACUACCUAGUGGUUGAAGACCUAUCGGAUUCUUUCCUUUCAUCCUUCGAUUCCAUCAUGAAAGACAUCGAGAAUGUUAAGAUGGAAAUCCAACUCCAGAAAUUAGAAACCCAAAUGGAGGGAGUAACAUUGAGUCAACAAUCUCAUGUGCCGCCAUCUCAGCAGCAGUCUCCCCAACUGAAAAAUGAGUUCGUCGGCUACCUUGAGGAGGCAAAAUCAGUUAAUAAUCGCCUCAUGAGAGGAUCAAAGAACCUACAGACUGUUCCCAUUGUGGGUAUGGCAGGACAAGGUAAGACUACGUUAGCUGCAAAGAUUUACAAUGAUCCUUCUGUUUCUCUCCAUUUUUCUGUUCGUGCGUAUUCGACCGUGUCACAGACAAUGGACAAAAACAGAAUUCUCCUAGAACUUUUAAGCCAAAUUGAUCCCAACAAAUUUUCUGGAUCAAUCACUUCUGAUCACGACUUAGUAGAGAAGGUGUGGCGCGGUUUAAAAGGACGGAGAUAUCUCAUCUUUUUAGAUGACGUAUGGGAAGUUGAAGCAUGGAGUAAUUUAAAAUUAGCUUUCCCUGAUGAUCAGACGGGAAGUAGAAUUAUGGUGACAAGUCGUCGACAUGAUGUUGUUCCCAACGAAGAACCUCACAUACUUAGACCAUUCACUGAAGAGGGCAUGGAGUUAUUACAAAGAAAAUUAUUUGGUGGGAGUUGUUGGCCCCCUGAAUUAACUGAUCUUGGGAUGAAAAUUGUCAAAACCUGUAAGGGAUUACCUCUAACAAUUCUUGUUGUAGGUGGAAUUUUAGCAAACACAGCACGAGAUGGUUGGGAGACGAUUCUUGGUAGUUUAAGAACAGGCAUGAUCUCAAGUGCAGAACAGUGCCGACACACGUUGGAGCUGAGCUACUGCUCCUUACCAGAGCAUUUGAGGCCUUGCUUUCUCUAUUUCGCAGCAUUUGCAGAAGACAGUGUGAGAGCAGAACAUGAACACUUUUGCUCUUUCCUUGGAGGCAACAAAAAGUUUUUGGGGCCAAAAAAUCCUAGGAGGCUAUGCAUUAACUUCAAUCCAAAGCAUCUCCCGAGGUCGAGCAAUUUCUUUUGCCACCUACGUUCUAUGCUGUCUAACUAUCGUAUCAGAGAGCAACAAGAUUUAUCAUACAUGUUUUACAUGGCCAAACUCUUAAGAGUUUUGGAUCUGGGGGAAAUAAAUUUGGGUGAUGUGUUUCCAAGUGAACUAGGAAUGCUUGUGCAGUUGGCCUUCCUGGCAAUUGAAGGCUCUAUGACGCACAUCCCACCAUCGAUAGGUAACCUCGCUAAUCUUGAAACUCUUAUUCUGAAUCAAUUAAGACAAGACAAGGCGCUCUCACUUCCAGCCACUUUUUGGAAUCUACAGAAAUUAAGGCAUCUUUCCAUAGGGGGUCCAGGUGGUAGUUUUCCUUCGGAAAAUCCUGACACAUCACCUAAUUUAUGUGAAUUGGAUAAACUUUCUGGUGUUGCUAUUCCUUUUCCGGGCGACAUGGAAGGCGUACUGAAAAAGUUUCCAAAUGUCCGUAAGCUGAAAUGCACCCUUUUGAUUUCUCCUGAAGAAACAGGAGAAUAUGUCAAGGUUGUGGUUCCAGAAUCUUUGAGCCAACUAGAAUCACUUGGUAUAUUACUGCCUUGCAUAGGUGAAAACCCGGAACCCAUAAAGUUUGAGUUUAGUUUCUCUGCAACAUUGAAGAAGUUGUCAUUGCUAUGCAUCUACUUGACUGCUAGCAGUCUUUCAACCAUUUCUAAACUUCCAGACCUUGAAGUCCUCAAGUUUACUCUUGUAAGCAUCCAAGGAAACAGGUGGGAAAUGGAAGGAGGAGAACUCUCCAAACUCAGAUUCUUGCAAUUGUCAUCAGUGGAUCUGCUCUCCUGGACUGCUACUGAGGAUCAAUUUGAAUGUCUUGAGAAGUUGGCAUUUCUGAGCUGCAGAUCUUUGGAAGAGUUGCCUUCCUGCCUCGAAAAUAUUCCAACUCUUGCGACGAUUCAGGUCGUAAAUUGUUCAAACACUGCAGUAGAGUUAGUGCAAAAUAUCAAGGAGGUACAAGAGGACAAUGGAAAUUCAGAGCUGAAGAUCAUUACUUCCUUGUUUGAUUGA